AUGGAUCAAUAUUCAUCUUCUUAUGUCUCAGUUGUUCCACGAAUAGUUUCAUCUGAAUAUUCAUCAAAGAAAAUUCCAAUGAUUGAUCAAGUCAAUAAUCAACCUUUAGAUAAGAAUUCUUUAAUAAGAUAUACAAGCCCAACAACAACAAACUUAAAUCGUUCAGUAAAUAAUCGUCCAUUAUCAACAAGAUUAAAAAUAAUUAAUAAUAAUCAAACAACAAAUAAACAAGAAAGUCCAUCAGUUAAUCAAUCAUUUAUAUUAAAUAAUCUUGAAAAUUCUUUUAAUGAUCGAACAAAAACUGGUAUUUAUCAUGAACCACUUAAAGAUAAUAGUGAAGAUAAUAUUAUUUCUCGAAAUUCUUAUUUGAAAUCUCCUCAUCAAAAUAGUUAUGAUUAUCGUUUAUAUGAAAAUUUAAAAAUAAAUUCAAAUAAAGAUAAUAAAAAUAAUAGAAUAUAUUCAUAUGGAUUUAUUAUUAUUAUUAUUGGAAUUAUUAUUACUUUAAUUUCUUUAACAGCAUUAUCUAUUUCCAUUUAUUUACUUGUUAAAAUAAAUAAUUCAUUUUCUUUUUAA